AUGGGGAGGGGGAAGAUUGAGAUAAAGAAGAUAGAGAACCCAACCAACAGACAGGUGACUUAUUCCAAGAGGAGGUCAGGGAUCAUGAAGAAGGCGAGGGAGCUCACGGUGCUGUGUGAUGCUGAGGUUUCCAUAAUCAUGUUCUCCAACACCGGCAAGUUCUCUGAUUACUGCAGCCCUUCUACUGACACCAAAACUAUGUUUGAUCGUUAUCAGCGAGUGACCGGGAUCAACUUGUGGAGUGCACAGUAUGAGAGAAUGCAGAAUAAUUUGAACCAUCUCAAAGAGAUUAACCACAAACUUCGCGGAGAAAUAAGGCAAAGGAUGGGAGAAGAUCUUGAUGGGAUGGACAUCAAGGAACUGCGCGGUCUUGAGCAAAAUCUGGAUGAGGCAUUGAAGGUCGUUCGUCAUAGAAAAUAUCAUGUGAUCAGCACUCAAACAGACACCUACAAGAAGAAGGUUAAGAACUCCCAAGAAACUCACAGGAACUUACUGCAUCAACUGGAGAUGAAAGAGGAGCAUGGAGGUGUUUGCGGGUACGUGGAAGAUAUUGAUGAUGGAGGGCAGACUGAUCCCAUGUACUCGUGCAGGGUUCGACCCAACCAGCCAAACCUUCAGGCCAUCAGAUCAUAUGCAUCUCAUCAUGAUUUACGUCUCGCUUGA